AUGGCCAUGAAACGAAUCUCAGCACUCCUUGGGCUGUACAGCUCUUCCUCACUGCAGCAGCUAAGGCAGAUGCCCGUAAUCCUAAGGAGAUCAUACAAUGCUGCAAUACCAAAUAACAAAACAAGUCAGGGGAACCCAGAAAAUGAGUCCCUACUAGGGAAUCUUGCAACAAUGGGUGUUGACCUGAAGAUGGCCCGCCGGCGACAGCCUGGUGUACUGAGGAAGGUCCUGACUAAUGAGAUAGGCCUCGCCCGCUUCCUCCAGAGUAAGGGCGCCAACCGGGAGAUGAUUGCCAGCAUCAUUUCCCGCUACCCCCGUGCCAUCACUCGCUCGAGCGAGCACUUGGAAGAACGCUGGGGGCUUUGGUGGAGCAUCUUCAAGAGCAACAAGGAGAUCGUGAGUAUUCUUCACCGCUCACCUGAGUCAUUCUUCCGUUCCAGUGACAAUGAAAACCUGGAGAAGAACAUAAUGUUCCUCAGCUCACUUGGAAUAAACCCUAGAGACCUACGGCGUUUGCUCACCACAGCACCACGAACCUUCUCCAAUAGCCUUGAACUGAACCGCCAGAUGGUGGAGCUGCUUCAGGACGUGUGCGUCAGCCUUGGAGGAGAAAAUCCAGAGCAGUUUGUCAAAGCUGUUAUUUCUAGGAACCUCUAUAUCUUGAUUCGUAGCACAAAGCGCAUCAGAGCUAAUAUUGACUUUUUAAGGACUUCGCUAAAUAUCAGUGAUGCGGAACUGCUAACUCUCUUACAAGGACAUGGUGCUGAAAUUAUAGAUGUCUCCCACGAGAGCCUGAAAAGAAACUUCAAAAAGCUACAGGAGAAAUUGCUGUCUCUUGGUUGCAAUAAUACAGAUGUUAAAAGACUCAUCUUGAGUUACUCAUCAGUACUUUUUGGGUCCCCUUCAACGCUGAGCAACAAGCUAGAUUGUUUGAUGAAAGGAGGCAUCACGAUCAAACAGAUCUUGGAUAAGCCCAAGGUCCUUGACUUUAGCAUCAGUACCAUGAAGCAUAGGUUGAAUGAAUUACACAGGGUUGCCUAUGAUUUUAAAAACAAUGGAAUAGCCAUUUUGGAUACAAGUCAUAAAAGGUUUGAAGCCAAGCUUGAGAAACUCAACUAUGAAGAAUGA